UGCGAUGCUUCUGUAGCGCCCGCCCUCCCCACGCAACCUCAUUCACAUGCUCAUCAUGGAGGAAUAACAGGUACCUGCCUUGCAGAGAGGAGGACAGGCAGGAAUAUUCCCAGCGACAUCUUGAAACGUGCUCAGAACACUCUCGAAUGUAUGUUAUAUUGUUGUAACAAAGCAGACAGUCGCGAUGAAGCAUUUUCUAAGGGUACUGACCCAGUUCCUAGUGUUCCUUUACUGUAAGUGUUUGUGGCGGGGCCUGAAAUUUGUAAUCAGGAAGGUGACAGGAAGAUGUGAGCUUCAACGCAUCUGUUACAAUAACAAACCUGGUGCUCGAAGGACGCUCAAGAUCGAAUCAUCACUCAAAUGUUCUAAACACGAGCUUUUGCAGUCUGCUGUCAGCGUUCACCCAGAUUCUGUGGAAAAGACGAUUGAUGAAAUAAUGUUACUGAAAAAAAUCAAUCAAGACUCUAACCCACAGCUUGGCAUCUCUCUCCAGGCGUGCCUGCUCCAGAUUGUGGGUUAUCGAAACCUAGUUGCAGAGGUGGAGAAACUGCGAAGAGAGCCAUAUGACUGUGAAAACCCAGCACAUGAGGAGAUGCUCAUGAAGUUGUGGAAGGAACUCUGUCCUGAUUCUCCCCUCUCUGGACGCAUCUCAAAGCAAUGGUGUGAGAUUGGUUUCCAAGGAAACGACCCCAAGACUGAUUUCAGGGGCAUGGGCCUUCUGGGCUUGCACAACCUACUGUAUUUUGCAGAGCAUGAUAAAGCAACUGCUUUACAAGUCCUUCAUGACUCCUUGCAGCCCAAACAAAGCAAGAUGAGCAAAGCUGAGUGGGACAAGAAGAAAUUUGACAAAGCAAUUGGAUACUCCUUUGCCAUAGUUGGCAUAAACAUCACGGACCUGGCAUAUUCCCUGCUGGUGAGUGGAGCGCUGAAGACUCAUCUGUACAAUGUGGCACCAGAGAUGCCAAGUUUGGUGCACUUCCAACAGACCUUCUGUUAUCUGAUGCAGGAGUUCCACAAGUUUUGGAUCGAGGAAGAUCCAUGUGACAUCAUGGAGUUCAAUCGUGUGCGCACCAAGUUCUACAAGUGCAUCCUAAAGCAGCUGAAGAAUCCUGACAUGGCACUCUGUCCUCACUUCACUGCCUCUGACCUUCACCUGGUCAACCUGUAGCUUCUCUUUCACCUCAAUUCUCAUGACCCCUGAUAUUUCACUUUUUCAUCCUUAAGGUCCAUGUCUCAACAACAUCACAUUACUGCCAACUGCUCAGUCAGUCUCAUGAAUGUCAUAUUCUUAGGCUAAUCCCUCAAUGAAUCUCCCUCUCUCCCGUCCAAUCAGAAAAUAAUUAUAGAUCACCAGCACUGCUGAAGACAAUGUUGAUUGUAUGUGCACAUGGCAAUAGUGCACCACCCUAUAACUGAGUCACCUGAUUCUGAUAUUUACAGCUACUGUAUGCUGAAGUCUUAAAGGAAUAGUUCACUCAAAAAUGUAAAUUAUCUCAUUAUGUAAUCACCCUUAUGUCGCAAUGAUUUUUUAACUAACAAACAAGCAUAAAAGCACCAUCAAAGUAUUCCAUAUGACUCAUGAGCUGUAUUACAAAUCAUUUGAUAGUUUCGUGUAAGGACCAGUUCAAAAUUUAAGUCGUUAUUCACUGAAAAUCUUGGAACGAUAUAAGGGUAAUUACUGAUAGAAUUUCCAUUUUCAGGUGAACUGUUUCUCAGGCAACAUUCAUCUGUAUAUGAAGUGAAAUGAAGUGGAGAGAGAUGUUUCCUAAUAGCACAGGGCUCCCUAUCCACCAGUAGGUAGCGCUGUUGGUACAUAUUAGGUCAAACAUUAAGCCUAGGCAUAAGAGAGCUUCUAUGUACCACAUUAGGUGCAGUAGACUGCAUUGAUACCAGGCACACUUGGUAGUAGUUUUCCCUCUUGUAUACAGUACCAUUUACUUUCUGUUGCAGAUCUCUUUUAGAGAUACAACUUAAAUGAAGGAAUUGUAUGUUUUUUUCUUUUCUAAAGUCCAUUAACAGUACCAUUAUCCUCAUGAACUGAAAUGUACACUAUCUUCAUAUGAAUAUCACAUAAUGUACUGAUUACUACAUGUUGCCAAGAAGCAGAGCUUAAAAACAAAUAUUUACUUGCCAAAUGGUAGGAUAAUGUGUGUUUUGUGAAUGUUGUCAUACAGAGCACAUGAUUGUUUUGAAAAAAGAAAUGUAUUAAGUGUCUAUGUAAAAAAUAUGGAAUGUUUGAUUUUUCUGUUUUAGCACCAAAGCAAUAAGUGACGUUCAGAGCAGUUACUGUAGUUGUUUUGCUUUAUUUUGCACAAGUGUUGCCUCUAUUGUUCAGUCUUUUAUUAACACAUUAAUUAGCAUAAUUAUGUACAACUCUAAAGUUUAGACCUGAGUGUCCUUUACUUUAGGCUUUCUUUAGUCUCUCUUAGUUGUAUUUCUUCAACUUUUACAACUUUUUGAGUAACAUCACAAUGCAUGCUCUCCAUUUUGCUCUUCUGUUUAUUUAUUUAUUUUCGUAAAUAACAUUAUGUACAGUCACAGGGGUUGCAUGGUAAUUUAGUUUUUGCCUGCAAAACAAUUUAUUACAAAAUUCAUUAUUAGAAUGUCACUUAAUUUCAAGGCAAUGUUGCAAAUCAGUGCAAUGUAUGCUACUGACAGUGUUAAGCAGCUUUCUUAUAUAUAUAUAUAUAAAAAAAGCAUUGUUUUAACUGUGAUUUUUAAUCUGUAAAGUAUCAGAGUUGUGUCAUCGGUUUCCCAUUGCGGUCAUUUUAAAAAUGAGACAGAAGCACUUGCUGUACAUAAUGCCUUAGAGUUGGAAUACAUCUAAACAUUAUUAAAGCUCAUCAUUGUGCAUGGCUGAAUUCUUCAUGUAACUGUUUGUACCCCUCUUUUUAUUUCACAAAUAUAAAUAAGCUUGCACAUAAACAGCUCUAAUGAUCAGGCUCUUAAUCAAGUGAAGUCUUUGUUCUGGGGUAUUAAAAAAAUAAAUAAAUAAAUGUACC